AUGCAUCGGAAGCCCCCUGAAUUCAGCUGGUUUAGCAAUGCGCUCAAAAAUAUCAAAGAAAAGAAAGAAUAUGGUCGUAAGAAUGAUAAUGAGAUGGAAGGAUGUCAUACAGUAUCAAAUAUAUACCCCGAAACACAAGAAAAUCAAACAAUAACUACUGCGCCAUCAGAAAUAACGAAAAAUCAUAUGAUACCUACAGUAUCUUCUACAUCAACAAAUGAUGCCAAAUUUUCUGAUUCAAGCUUAAAAGUAAACAAUACAGAAUGGGAAAAAAAUAAUGUAAUGAAUACAAUGAAUACAUAUGAAUACCAAAAUGAAGAAUCAGGAAUUGAUAGUAGUGAAAAGCCAACCCGGGAUAAUCAUCGAAGAAGUCUUACAGCAAAAUAUCUCGAAAAGAAAAAUCAGACGAAGAUUGAUAUCAUAGAAGAACCAGCUAUACGGCAUUCUCAGUAUAAUCAAUUCCCAAGGAUUCUUCAGAAUGAAGGACCAGUACGUCAGUCGUUAUUAAAUUUAGUUAUGGAUGAAGAUGUACCUGAUUUGAUGGAAGCUAUGGCAGAAAAGCUAGAAUUUGUUUUUGAAGAUCUAACACCAUCCGCAUCUUAUACCGUACAAGGAAUUUUACGCCAUCCAGAAAGACAUCCACGUUCACGUCCAAAAGAUGCAAAAUUGGUGUUUAAACCUUCUUCACCAACAGUUUUCACAUAUCCCAACGAAGAAUCGGCUGUUGAAGGAGCGCUAUGGGAUGAUGGAAUCCAGAUCACCUAUGAACUUUAUCGUGAACUUUGCGAUGAGUAUCAAUUUUCAGUUCUUAUUAAUUACAAAUCAGCUCUUAUUACAAAUCAUUAUCUCACUGACAUAUCAUACAUUUUGAUAGCAUCUUCAUUAAGGGAGAAGUCAUAUCUAACUCGUGAGAAUCAUGAUAUUCAACAAACAGUAACAUUACUGGAAGAACCUUCGGUGGCUGAAAGUUUGCUAGGUGUCACGGGUCGUAUAUCGUAUACCAAUGUCCCAGUAUUUGCCCGAAAUUCUCUGUAA